AGCCGUUCGGCCGGACGCGACGGGGCGGGCGCCCGGGAACCUGGUGCCGAACGUCCCGCCCCGCGCGCCGAGCCGGCGAGGGACCUCCGACCAGGGUCAGGGGCCGCGGCCGCUCCGGUGAGAGCCGUGGGGACUGCCACCUGCUCACCCUCUCUCUUGCCUCCAGAGCCCACUUCCUUGGCCGCAGGCUGCCCAGCAACCUCUGGGAAGAUGAGUGGCUGCGGGAGGAAGGCCCUGACCCUGCUGAGCAGCGUCUUUGCUGUCUGUGGCCUGGGUCUCCUGGGCAUCGCAGUCAGCACCGACUACUGGCUCUACCUGGAGGAGGGCGUGGUCCUGCCCCAGAACCAGAGCAUGGAGAUCAAGAUGUCCCUGCACUCGGGCCUGUGGCGUGUCUGCUUCCUCGCAGGUGAGGAGCGGGGACGCUGCUUCACCAUAGAGUAUGUGAUGCCCAUGAACACUCAGUUGACAUCAGAGUCCACGGUCAAUGUUCUAAAAAUGAUUCGCUCGGCCACACCGUUCCCCCUGGUCAGCCUCUUCUUCAUGUUCAUUGGGUUUAUCCUGAGCAACAUCGGACACAUCCGUCCCCACAGGACAAUACUGGCCUUUGUCUCUGGCAUCUUUUUUAUUCUCUCAGGCCUCUCUCUGGUGGUGGGCCUUGUGCUCUACAUCUCCAGCAUCAACGAUGAGAUGCUCAACAGGACCAAGGACGCAGAGACCUAUUUCAACUACAAGUACGGGUGGUCCUUCGCCUUCGCUGCCAUCUCGUUCCUUUUGACAGAGAGCGCGGGGGUGAUGUCCGUGUACCUGUUCAUGAAGCGGUACACCGCCGAGGACUUGUACAGGCCCCACCCCGGCUUCUACCGGCCUCGCCUGAGCAACUGCUCUGAUUACUCAGGCCAGUUCCUACACCCGGACGCCUGGGUCCGGGGCCGCAGCCCCUCCGACAUCUCCAGUGACACCUCCCUGCAGAUGAACAGCAACUACCCAGCCUUGCUCAAGUGCCCCGACUAUGACCAGAUGUCAUCUUCCCCCUGCUGAGCCUCGCCACCUUCCUCCCUGGACUGUGGACAGCCAGAGAGCCCUUCCCGUGCUCCCCUGAUGGCCUGUGAGCCCCAGGCCCUUGGUUGCCAGACCCAGGCUGCCCCCGCACUUCGUUGUUGUCACUUGACCCACGUUGUCUCCACAGCUUCCCCCAGAGUAGCUCUAACUGCCCCAGGGUGGGUGUUGGGGAGUCUGGAGCCAGCAGGCAAGCUGAUUGGCUGAGAGCAUGGGUGUAGCCCCACC